GCCGCCGCCCGCCCUGCUGCCCCGCCGGGCUCGCCCGCGCGCUCAGCUUGAUCCAGCGCAGCCCAGGCGGUCCCACCAAGGAGGAGAAGGAUGGCAGUUCCGCGCUGCAGCCCGUGGGUGAAGCUGCUGCUGGCAGCAAUGCUGAGUGUCAGCCUCCCUGGAAACAUGGCCAACCGCUGCAAAAAGGCUCAGGUGAAGACCUGUACAGAGUGCAUCCGCGUGGACAAGAGCUGUGCCUACUGCACAGAUGAGCUGUUCAAGGAGCGGAGAUGCAACACUCAGGCGGAGCUUCUGGCUGCAGGCUGCCGGGGAGAGAGCGUGCUGGUCAUGGAGAGCAGCCUUGACAUCACAGAGAACACCCAGAUUGACACAACCCUGCACCGCAGCCAGGUGUCUCCCCAAGGCCUGCAAGUCCGGCUGCGGCCAGGAGAGGAGCGAAGCUUCGUGUUCAAGGUGUUUGAGCCUCUGGAAAGCCCUGUGGAUCUGUACAUCCUCAUGGACUUCUCCAACUCCAUGUCUGAUGAUCUGGACAACCUCAAGCAGAUGGGCCAGAACCUGGCCAAGAUCCUGCGCCAGCUCACCAGUGACUACACUAUUGGAUUUGGAAAGUUUGUGGACAAAGUCAGUGUCCCUCAGACAGACAUGAGGCCCGAGAAGCUGAAGGAGCCCUGGCCCAACAGUGAUCCCCCAUUCUCCUUCAAGAAUGUCAUCAGCUUGACGGAGAAUGUGGAAGAAUUCUGGGACAAACUGCAGGGAGAGAGGAUCUCGGGCAACCUGGACGCUCCUGAAGGGGGCUUUGAUGCCAUCCUGCAGACAGCUGUGUGCACAAGGCACAUCGGCUGGAGGGCUGACAGCACACACUUGCUGGUGUUCUCCACCGAGUCCGCCUUCCACUACGAGGCUGAUGGUGCCAACGUGCUGGCUGGCAUCAUGAACCGCAAUGAUGAGAAGUGCCACCUGGAUGCCGUGGGCACCUACACCCAGGACAAGACACAGGACUACCCGUCUGUGCCCACACUGGUGCGCCUGCUCGCCAAGCACAACAUUAUCCCCAUCUUUGCCGUCACCAACUACUCUUACAGCUACUAUGAGAAGCUCCAUAAAUACUUCCCGGUCUCCUCUCUGGGUGUGCUGCAGGAGGAUUCGUCCAACAUCGUGGAGCUGCUGGAGGAGGCCUUCUAUCGGAUUCGCUCCAACCUGGAUAUCCGGGCUCUGGACAGCCCACGAGGUGUGAGGACAGAGGUCACCUCCGAUACGCUCCAGAAGACAGAGACUGGGUCCUUUCACAUCAAGCGGGGAGAAGUGGGCACGUACAAUGUGCAGCUUCGGGCAGUGGAGGACAUAGAUGGGACACAUGUGUGCCAGCUUGCAGAAGAAGACCAAAGAGGCAACAUCCACCUAAAACCCUCCUUCUCCGACGGCCUCCGGAUGGAUGUGAGCGUAAUCUGUGAUGUGUGCGCCUGUGAGCUGCAAAAGGAAGAACAGUCAGCUCGCUGCCACUACAGAGGUGACUUCAUGUGCGGACACUGUGUGUGCAAUGAGGGCUGGAGUGGCAAAACCUGCAACUGCUCCACGGGCUCUCUGAGUGACACGCAGCCCUGCCUCCGUGAGGGUGAGGACAAACCGUGCUCGGGCCGCGGUGAGUGCCAGUGUGGACGUUGUGUGUGCUACGGUGAAGGCCGCUACGAGGGUCAUUUCUGCGAGUACGACAACUUCCAGUGCCCCCGAACCUCUGGAUUCCUGUGCAAUGACCGGGGACGCUGCUCCAUGGGACAGUGUGUGUGUGAGCCUGGUUGGACAGGCCGCAGCUGUGACUGUCCCCUCAGCAAUGCCACCUGCAUUGACAGCAACGGGGGCAUCUGCAAUGGACGAGGCUACUGUGAGUGUGGCCGCUGUCACUGCAACCAGCAGUCGCUCUACACGGACACCACCUGUGAGAUCAACUACUCUGCAAUACGCCUGGGCCUCUGUGAGGACCUGCGCUCCUGUGUGCAGUGCCAGGCCUGGGGCACUGGGGAGAAGAAAGGGCGCACAUGUGAGGAGUGCAGCUUCAAAGUCAAGAUGGUAGACGAGCUUAAGAAAGCGGAAGAGGUGGUGGAGUACUGCUCCUUCCGGGACGAGGAUGACGACUGCACCUACAGCUACACCGUGGAGGGCGACGGCAGCCCCGGGCCCAACAGCACCGUGCUGGUCCACAGGAAGAAGGACUGCCCUCCGGGCUCCUUCUGGUGGCUCAUCCCCCUGCUCAUCUUCCUCCUGCUGCUCCUGGCGCUGCUUCUGCUGCUCUGUUGGAAAUUCUGUGCCUGCUGCAAAGCCUGCCUGGGGCUUCUCCCUUGCUGCAACCGAGGUCACAUGGUGGGCUUUAAGGAAGAUCACUACCUGCUUCGGGAGAAUCUGAUGGCCUCCGACCACCUGGACACGCCCAUGCUGCGCAGUGGAAACCUCAAGGGACGAGACACGGUCCGCUGGAAGAUCACCAAUAAUGUGCAGCGACCUGGCUUUGCCACCCAUGCUGCCAGCACCAGCCCCUCGGAGCUUGUACCCUACGGGCUGUCCCUGCGCCUUGGCCGCCUCUGCACUGAGAACCUCAUGAAGCCUGGCACCCGAGAAUGUGACCAGCUGCGCCAGGAGGUGGAGGAGAAUCUGAAUGAGGUGUACAGACAGGUCAACGGUGCACACAAGCUCCAGCAGACAAAGUUCCGACAGCAGCCCAAUGCUGGGAAAAAGCAAGACCAUACCAUUGUGGACACGGUGCUGCUGGCGCCGCGCUCAGCCAAGCAGACACUAUUGAAGCUGACAGAGAAGCAAGUGGAGCAGGGCUCCUUCCAUGAACUCAAGGUGGCCCGUGGCUACUACACUCUCACUUCGGAGCAGGAUGCCCGGGGCAUGGUGGAGUUCCAGGAGGGUGUAGAGCUGGUGGACGUGCGAGUGCCCCUCUUCAUCCGCCCUGAGGAUGACGACGAAAAGCAGCUGCUGGUGGAGGCCAUCGAUGUUCCCGUGGGCACUGCCACCCUCGGGCGCCGCCUGGUAAACAUCACCAUCAUCAAGGAACAAGCCAGCGGGGUGGUGUCCUUUGAGCAGCCUGAGUACUCGGUGAGCCGUGGAGAGCAGGUGGCCCGUAUCCCCGUCGUCCGGCGCAUCCUGGAUAAUGGCAAGUCCCAGGUCUCCUACAGCACACAGGAUAACACAGCACACGGGCACCGGGACUAUGUCCCUUUGGAAGGCGAGCUGCUGUUCCACCCCGGAGAGACCUGGAAGGAGCUGCAGGUGAAGCUCCUGGAGCUGAAGGAAGUCGACUCCCUACUGCGUGGCCGCCAGGUCCGCCGUUUCCACGUCCAACUCAGCAACCCCAAGUACGGAGCCCGCCUGGGCCAGCCCAACAUGGCCACCGUCAUCCUCGGGGAUCAGGAUGAAACGGACAGGAGUCUCAUAAAUCAGACACUUUCAUCGCCGCUGCCACCCCGUGGAGACCUGGGUGCCCCACAGAACCCCAAUGCCAAGGCUGCUGGGUCCAGGAAGAUCCAUUUCAACUGGCUGCCCCCUCCUGGCAAGCCAAUGGGGUACAGGGUGAAGUACUGGAUCCAGGGCGACUCUGAGUCUGAAGCCCACCUGCUGGACAGCAAGGUGCCCUCAGUGGAGCUCACCAACCUGUAUCCCUAUUGCGACUAUGAAAUGAAGGUGUGUGCCUAUGGGGCACAGGGUGAGGGGCCCUAUAGCUCACUGGUGUCCUGCCGCACCCACCAGGAAGUACCCAGCGAGCCAGGGCGGCUGGCUUUCAAUGUUGUCUCUUCUACGGUGACCCAGCUGAGCUGGGCUGAGCCAGCUGAGACCAAUGGCGAGAUCACAGCCUAUGAGGUCUGCUAUGGACUGGUCAAUGAGGACAACCGACCCAUUGGACCCAUGAAGAAGGUCCUUGUGGACAAUCCUAAGAACCGGAUGCUGCUCAUUGAAAAUCUGCGAGAAUCCCAGCCGUACCGAUAUACAGUGAAGGCACGAAACGGAGCGGGCUGGGGACCCGAGAGAGAGGCUAUCAUCAACCUGGCCACACAGCCCAAGCGGCCCAUGUCCAUCCCCAUCAUCCCCGACAUCCCCAUUGUGGACGCCCAGGGUGGGGAGGACUACGAAAGCUUCCUCAUGUAUAGCGACGAUGUUCUGCGAUCCCCAGCCAGCAGCCAGAGGCCCAGCGUUUCUGAUGACACCGGCUGCGGCUGGAAGUUCGAGCCCCUGCUCGGGGAGGAGCUGGACCUGCGGCGCGUCACGUGGCGGCUGCCCCCGGAGCUCAUCCCGCGCCUGUCCGCCAGCAGCGGGCGCUCCGACGACGACGGCGGCUUUGCUGGGGGCGCGGACGGGGAGGGCGGCGGCUGGAUCCGCGGGGCUACGCCCCGGCCCCCGGGAGAGCACCUGGUGAAUGGCCGAAUGGACUCUGCCUAUCCAGGCAGCGCCAACUCCCUCCACAGAAUGACUGCGGCCAACGCUGCCUACGGCACGCAUCUGAGCCCACACCUCUCCCACCGAGUGCUGAGCUCGUCCUCCACCCUCACGCGGGACUACCACUCUCUGACCCGCACAGAACACUCUCACUCAGGCACGCUUCCCAGGGACUACUCGACCCUCACUUCCCUCUCCUCCCAAGACUCUCGUGGGGCUUCGGGUGUGCCCGACACACCCACCCGGCUGGUGUUCUCCGCCCUGGGGCCGACAUCCCUGAAAGUGAGCUGGCAGGAGCCACAGUGUGACAGAGUGCUACUGGGCUACAGCGUGGAGUACCAACUGCUAAACGGCGGUGAGCUGUAUCGGCUCAACAUCCCUAAUCCUGGCCAAACCUCAGUGGUGGUGGAAGAUCUCCUGCCCAACCACUCCUAUGUGUUCCGAGUGCGGGCCCAGAGCCAGGAGGGCUGGGGCCGGGAGCGAGAGGGUGUCAUCACCAUUGAGUCCCAGGUGCACCCGCAGAGCCCUCUCUGUCCCCUGCCAGGCUCCGCCUUCACUUUGAGCACCCCGAGUGCCCCGGGCCCACUGGUGUUCACCGCCCUAAGCCCAGACUCGCUGCAGCUGAGCUGGGAGCGGCCACGGAGGCCCAACGGAGAUAUCCUUGGCUACUUGGUGACCUGUGAGAUGGCCCAAGGAGGAGGACCAGCUACAACAUUCCGGGUGGACGGAGACAGCCUUGAGAGCAGGUUGACAGUACCUGGCCUCGGUGAGAACAUUCCUUACAAGUUCAAGGUGCAGGCGCGGACAACGGAGGGCUUCGGGCCUGAGCGCGAGGGCGUCAUCACCAUCGAGUCCCAGGAUGGAGGUCCCUUCCCACAGCUGGGCAGCCACUCUGGCCUUUUCCAGAACACGCUGCAAAGCGAGUACAGCAGCAGCACCACUACUGAGCCCUUCUUCAUGGACGGACUGACUGUGGGGACCCAGCGCCUGGAAGCAGGGGGCUCCCUCACCCGGCAUGUGACCCAAGAAUUUGUGAGCCGGACACUGACUGCUAGCGGAUCUCUCAGCACCCACGUGGACCAACAGUUCUUCCAAACCUGAGACCCCAGGAACCGGGGGCUCUCCCUUGCCUUCUCUCCUAGCACCUUCUUCCUCUGCUGUUCCACCCACCUGCAUGCUGAAUGCUGCCCACGGAGCCGGCACCUCUAGUCAGGCAGCAGGGGUAGGUGCCGUCGAGGAAGCAUGAAGUGGGUCGAGGUACCACAAGGCCUUUCUGACUACAUCCUGCCCUGGCUCCAAACCCACUUGCAACCAAAGAACUGGAGCCAGCACAAGGACCCAGCCUUUGUUCUGCAAUUAAUAAAAGAUUUUGCUAUGCUUA